GCGGGGCGCGCCGUGCGUGCCGAGCAGGCCGCAGUGCGGGCCGGGGCCGCGGCGAUGCUGGAGGAGGCGGGCGAGGUGCUGGAGUCGGUGCUCAAGGCCUCGUGCCUCCCGCUCAGCGUCCUGCUCUUCGUGCCCGCCGUGCUCCUGCUCCUGGGGCCGCCGCCCGCCGCCGAGGCGGCGCACGAGUUCACGGUCUACCGCAUGCAGCAGUAUGAGCUGGGCGGGCAGCCCUACGGCACCAGGAGCGCCGUGCUGAACACGGAGGCGCGCACCGUGGAAGCGGAUGUGCUGAGCCGCCGCUGUGUCAUGAUGAGGCUGGUGGACUUCUCCUACGAGCAGUACCAGAAAGCUCUGCGCCAGUCAGCCGGGGCUGUGGUGAUCAUCCUGCCACGAUCCAUCUCCUCUGUCCCCCAGGAUGUUGUGAGGCAAUUCAUGGAGAUAGAGCCAGAAAUGCUUGCUAUGGAAACCAUUGUGCCAGUCUACUUUGCAGUGGAAGAUGAGGAGCUGCUGUCUAUCUAUGAACAAACACGGGCUGCUUCUGCAUCACAGGGCUCUGCCUCAGCUGCAGAAGUUCUGCUGCACACAGCAACUGCCAAUGGCUUCCAGAUGGUGACCAGUGGGGCUCAAAGCAAAGCUAUCAAUGACUGGCUCAUCCCCAGUGUGGAGGGAAGGCUGACAGGGCUGGGUGGAGAAGACCUGCCCACUGUUGUGAUAGUUGCCCACUAUGAUUCCUUUGGAGUGGCUCCAUGGCUGUCCCAUGGGGCUGACUCCAAUGGCAGUGGAAUCUCAGUGCUGCUGGAACUGGCCAGGCUCUUCUCUCGGCUCUACACCUACAGAAGGACCCAUGCUGGGUAUAACUUGCUGUUCUUUGCAUCUGGAGGUGGCAAGUUUAAUUAUCAAGGAACUAAGCGGUGGCUGGAGGAUAAUUUGGACCACACUGAUUCCAGCCUGCUGCAGGACAAUGUUGCAUUUGUUCUCUGCCUUGACACUCUGGGCAGAGGCAAUAGCCUUCAUCUUCAUGUCUCAAAGCCUCCCAAGGAGGGCACCUUGCAGCAUGCAUUUCUGAGAGAACUGGAGAUGGUUGUUGCCAGCCAGUUCCCAGAGGUGAAGUUUUCCAUGGUGCACAAGAAGAUCAACCUGGCAGAGGACAUGCUGGCGUGGGAGCACGAGCGCUUCGCCAUCCGGCGCUUGCCAGCGUUCACCAUCUCGCACCUGGAGAGCCACCGGGACAGCCUGCGCAACAGCAUCAUGGACAGGAGGGCACGAAUAGACACUAAAGCACUGACCAGGAAUACUCAGAUCAUUGCUGAGGCUUUGACAAGGGUCAUCUACAAUCUAACAGAAAAGGGAGCACCUGCAGAUAUGCAGAUCUUCACAGAUCAGAUGCAAAUCCAGCAGGAGCAACUGGAGUCAGUGAUGGACUGGCUGAGCAGUCAGCCCAGGGCUGCCCAGCUGAUUGAUAAAGACAGCACCUUCCUCAACACCUUAGAAUAUUAUAUGGGACGCUACCUGAAGGAUGUCAAGCAGCAUCAUGUGAAGGCAGACAAACGGGACCCCGAGUUUGUUUUCUAUGACCAGCUGAAGCAGGUGAUGAAUGCAUACAGGGUCAAGCCAGCAAUCUUUGACCUGCUCCUGGCUGUCUGUAUUGCAGCCUACCUUGGUGUUGCCUAUGUUGCAGUGCAGCACUUUGGUCUCCUUUACAAGAUGAUACAGAGAUUAUCCCUUAAAACCAAGCAGCAGUGAAGCACCAAGUCCCCCCACCCAGCAGCACUGAGCCAUCGGUGAGCCCAUUGGGAACCUUCUGCCUUCCACUGAACCCUGCUGUUCCUUUUCCUUUGUCUCCUCUUUGCCACUGUAUAGAGGGGAGGAAGGCAUAAAGAAAAUGAAAUUCUAACUCUUGUGCACCUUUGAAGUGCUUUUCUUCACUUUCUUCCCCUGACUUGCACCGUGUCUGAUUUUUCCUUUGCAUUUUGGUGAGGGAGAGGCUGAGAGACGUCAGCAAUUCCUGCAGUCUGAUUUUGGGCAGCUUCUCUGAGUGUCACACAAAGUCCAGCACCUUCAUGGACACUGUCACACAGACAGCCUGGAAACUGAAACUACAGCCUCACGUGGUAUCUUUGCCCAGCAAACAAGGACUUGGAGCAGUUGUUUAAAAGAAAAAAAAAACCAAAAAGUGCACAUGCAAAUUAAAUAGAAUGCAAUUAGCAUGUUUCCUUAUGGCACCUCUUCCUCGAGUUCACUGCCUGGCUGUAGGGAGUUGUGCUGAGCAAGCAGUGUCUGCAGCAAGCACCUUCUUGCAUUUUGUUCAAACUCACCCCCUCUUAGGAGGUGCACUGGGAGUGAUCUUGACUUCCCAGGAUGAGGAAAGAUUAAGAUGGGUUUCUGGCAUGAGGGAUCUUGCCAGGGACAGGUUCUAUCCUGUCUCUUUUGGAGGAUGCAUUUUGCUGUGUGCUCGAUUUCUCUGGAGGUUUUUGGUCUUUGAACAGUUCACAGCUGCCACCACUCUGUGCUAAACUCUUGCUUGAUUUUUGAGGGGUGUUCCAUAGUCCAGCAGCUGCAGGAUCAUGUUCUGUGCUGUUCCAUGUACUUACACAAGCUGGUUCUGUUGAUAACGAGAGCAAGAGCAGCUCAGACCUGGAAAAUUUAUUGAAAUACUACAAGCCCUAGGCUAGUUGUAGGUCUAGAAGAUAACCCUGAGCACUGUCCUGCCACCCAGCAAGUUUUGAGUCCUUUUCUGUACAUGAGGUCUCUUCACAUGCCACAGUGACACUUUUUUUUUUUUUUUAAUUUAAGCUACUGCUUGUAAUUAAAGCAGCAUAUCUCACAGAGGCUGAAAUUUUUGAAUUGUGGUGAACAUUUUUUCUGUGUAUGCAAGGAAAAUUCCAGCUGUGGAUUCCUGUCUGCACACACCUGCUGUGCACAUGCUUGUUAGAAAAGGGGUUGUUGUGGCCAGUCACUGUCCUUUGGAUGGGCACCAAAGCACUGAUUUCCAUCCUCCUUUGUUUAUUUUACUGUAAUCUCCUUCUUGGAGUACCUUUAUCCCAUGAUGUGUCUCCUUUCUGCUACUUUCAAUAUGUAGCAACUUGUUCUUUAAAGGGUUUUGUCUUUUCCAGGAAAGCCUGCUGGUGUCAGUGGCUCACCAUGGUGCCAGCAUGGUGCCAAGCACUCCAGAACUAUCAGCCACACUGGGAAAUUUGCCUUUUCCUCAUCUUUUGAGUGCUCAUUUGAAAUGUGUCUCUCUGCAUGCGUGAAGUGCUCAUGGCACUCCUCUGCCAAAUGAAUUUAUAAUGACUUCAGAAGUUGCUGGAGUGGCUGAAAGGCAAGCCUUGAUUGUUUUCCACUGGGUUUUAUGCUCUGCCCAUAGAGACUGCAUCUGCUGUGCCCUGGGGAGCUGCAUGCCCUGCCCUGGGUAGGUUUAGAACAUGCAUGGUACAGUGGCUCUGAAGAACUCUGUAGGCUCUGAAUAUCUGAGAGUAAUUUGAGUCCUCCAGCUGCAGCAUCCAUUUCUGGUAUGUUACACUGAAGGAGGUGGUGUUCCCUCCAGUCUAGUAGAUUAUUUCACCAGUCUUAAUGAUUACUUUGCUAGAAAAAUAAUAUUAGCAAUGCUGCUGCAGCUUGAGCUGAUGUGUGUAAAAUUUGGCAGUAGUGGGCAAGAGUGAACAGAACAGACCUGGAGCUUGUUCCUUGCUGUGGGAACUGUCAGCCUUCACUCUUCCAGAUGAGAAGCUCAAAGUUCAGAGUCAAAAACUUCCACCCAGUCUGUUUGCAGAGGCUGUAGCACAAAGAAAACACCUCAGCUCUGUGUGGUCUCAGCAGUGAGCUGUUAACACUCCUGAUGCAGUGCCAGAAGUCAGUGGAAACAGCCUAAAAAAAAGAUGGAUAAGAUUAAUGAGGGGAGCUCAUAAACCCGAGGGGCAGUUGGGAUGGUACAUUGCUCUCUCCCACACAAUGUUAGUUUGUCCUGUAAUCCUUUUGUGUCUCUCUCUCCCUAGCUGCCAUAAAAAGUAGAUUUUACAACAGAUAAAAGAGUUUUUGCUUUUGAUCAAAGUGCACGUGCACUGAAACUGUGCUCAAAUCUGAGAUAGUCAAAUUCCAACUUCCUCAUAGCUGGAGCAGAGUGCCCAUCCUGGGAUUGAACUUAGUUCCCACAUUGUUGUUUCCUUGAGUAAGUCAACAGAGAAGCUUGCAAAGAGCCCCUGGAGCUGAUCUGCACUGCAGCAUAACUGAUCAAUUCAGUCACCAACACAAAGGCACAAAUCCAGCAGGUGUUGGGAUAAAAUAAAGGUUCUCCACAACGUUGCAGAAGAGCUCUGUAUAGCUGAUUCUUGUUGCCCUUACUUUUACCUAUCCUCUUUUUUUUUUUUUUUUGAGGAGUUUGCCUGGCCUGUAGGGAAGAGCAUGGAAAGCAUUAUAUCCACAUACACACAAGUGGCUAGCAGUUGAUACUCCUAGCCAGAAAUCCAUUUUCUUUGCUAUUUAUCUGACUUCACCUGUUGUCCUGGUGCUGUCAAGAGUCUGCAGCUCACAAAAAAAAUGGUUUUCCAGCAGGGUUUAACUGAAGCUGUUAAUUCCUUCUGUCCACUUCCACCUGCAUGGGCACUACUGGGAAUUGUUUGGGAGUAAUUUGGAUUAUUGUAGUUCAUCUCCCAAAUGGGAGGGGUUGGUUUAUUGUUGGGAGAGAAGUUAUGCUGUGCAAUAUGAACUCCAUUCUUCUACUCAGUGCAGAAAAAAAUCCUGGAAGCCAGAAUGGAAUUAGAUCUCCCACUGUCUGUGGCUGAAAGCCACCACAAUCUAUUCAGACAUUCAAAACCACAGCUAUACCCAAAAUUGCUGUGGGGCUUGGUUUUGAGGGUGUUUUAUUUGUUUUAAAUCUCAUGCUCUUACACUGUUCAUGGCCCAAGCCCAAAUCCCAGGCUGCUCCUGCACCCCGUGUUUAAGCUGGGUUUUACAUUUCAUUUGGUCUUGACUCACCAAUCUGAAAUGCUGGGGCUGCUCCUGGAUGUCAGAAAAUUGGGCCUCUGGGUACUUGCUUGUGGACUCCUGCUUGCUCACUUUAAUCUGUUUAGUUUCCAUUUGUAGUUACUGCAUUGCAACUCCAAGGUUAUAAUCUGGAAUAUUUGCAGCUCAGGAAAAUGAUUUGAUUUAUCUAGCAAUGUUAACUCAAUUAUUUAUCUCUUGUGUGCCCUGAAGAACAAAUGUAUAUUGAGGUGAAUAUUUAAAAGCUAAUAGAAAAUUCAAUGCAGUUGAUUUACAUAUUUUAGGAUUGUAAAUGUAAUAAUAUUUAAGUAUUUUAACUUUGUUUUUUUUUUAUUUGUUUGUCCCUUUUUCCCUUGGAAAAUAAACCAAGUGAAUAGGCUUGAUUGGAUAGAUUUGUCAGAGAACUAUUUGCUCACAAAAAUGGAAUCUCCUUGCAUUAUUUGGAGGAAUAGACACCUCUAGAAAAUGGGAGAAAAUCUAUGUAUUUAAAAGCUUCAUCCUGUCUAGUCAAAAGUAAAAUAGUAUGACAGAAAACAUUUACACACUCCAAGCAUGAUUCCAGCACCUUGAGGUGAGCAAAUUCCUGUUUAUUCUGAAGAUAUGUGCUCAUGUGAAGCAAUUAAAGAUUCUAUGCAAAACAGCUUUGGUACUGUGAAAAACUGGUUACCUCAGCAGCCAGCACUGCGUGCUCAUGGAGUUUGUUGUGCCUCUGUCCUUACCAAUACCUGUUUGAACACUAAACUAUUUAUUCCAAUUACAAGCAUUGCAAGAGA